AUGGAUUUUAGGAUUUUUCACUUAACAAGCAGAUGGAAUUCUUUCAAUAGACUUCUGAGAACUAGGAGUUAUAGGUUCCAACAAAGCACUUAUAAAGGUAUAAAACCAUUUAGGGGCUUUGUUAUUAAAUCAAGCAUAAUACCAGCUGGUAAACAACAAGUCUUUGGAUACCUUGGGUUAGGGUUAGUUACCAUUGGAAUAUGGUGGCAGUAUUAUCCACAUAACCCAUAUCCACCUGGUGUUAGUAAAUACCUUCGGAAUGCUUCAUGGCAAGAAAUUAAAACAAAAGAUUUUAAAAAGAGUAUUCAAUUUUAUACAGAUGCAUUAAAUGAAUGUCUAGCCCUUGGAUAUGAUCCUGUGGAUGAAAAGGUAACUGGGAUCGAAAUUAAAAUUGGUGAAAUGUUCGAGAAACUUAAUAUGAAACAAGAGGAAACAGAUGUAUACCGAAAGUUAUUAACAAAGUUAUAUAAUGCAAUCAAGCAACCUGAUAGUGAAUCCAGAGAUAAAAAAUUGUUAAUUAAAAGAGAUCUUAGUGUUGCUAUUAAAAUGGUAGAAAAUAUGGAAGCAACUGAAGAAGUUAAAAAAAGUAUAUUAAUGAAACAUAUCAAUUUGGUUCAAGAUGAGAUACUGACUGAUUCCCCUGAGUUAGAGGAUACUAUAAAGAAAACCAAUGAAUCGUUCUUUGUAGAUCUCAAAAACAAAGACUAUGAUUCUUUAAUGGCAAAAUUAAAUAAAUCUUCAAAAGUUUUUGAAUCAUUUAAGGAAGAAUUUAUCGUGUCUAGAGAUUUAUUUACAGAAAUUUGCACAAAUAUCAAUGAUAUAGAUAAUGCAAUACAUUCUAAGAUGAUAACUAUUGGAUGGAUGGCCGUUUUAGGUUUGGAUAGAGAAAAAAUUUUGAUGUCACAAGCAAAUCUUGCUUCAUUAAUGUAUAUGAAGGCCGAAAACAUCGAGAGUCACAUAUAUCACCUUCAAAAAAAUAACAAUGUCGAAAGGAACCAAUUCAAUAUUAAGAACUUAUUAGAAAGAUACAACAAUAUUCUGAACCUCUCUGAAAAAUAUUACCAAACUGUUCUGGAAAGAAGUAAGUACAGUAGGGUCCACUUUCCCGUCGGUGGGGAAGGAGAUAUAACUCUUUUACAAGCAAGAUUAUUAUCUAUGCAUGGGUUGGGUGUUAUAAAACUACAUAAAGGCGACAUACCGUCUGCUAACAAAAUACUACUGGAGACAAAAGCCUUGGCAAUAAAAUAUAAUUUUAUUGACGUUCAAAAUGCUUGCGAUAAUGAACUACAAACUAUCGCUAAAAUAUCGGUAUAA